AUGUGCCACCCCGACGUCGGAGCCAACGGCUGGAACGCCGUCCCCGUCGACGCAGGCGCCAUCUUCGGCGACAAGCCCUUCAUCAACGAGCCAAAACCCAUCUUUCUCGACGAGAUCAGCUUCCCCUCGGAGGACCCCAUCGUCAGCAAGACAGCCGAAUAUGUGAAGCGCGUGCUCCACCCGCAGACCUUCAACCACUCCAUGCGGGUCUACUACUUCGGAAUGGCCAUAACAAGACAACAAUUCCCCACCCAAGCCUCCGUCCUAAACCCCUCAACAUGGGCGCUAACCUGCCUCCUGCACGACCUUGGCACGGCGCCCGAGAACCUCACCGCAACGCGCAUGUCCUUCGAUCUCUACGGCGGGAUCAAAGCCCUCCAGCUCCUUAACGACCACGGCGCAAGUACCGAUCAGGCCGAAGCCGUCGCCGAGGCGAUCAUCCGGCACCAGGACAUGGGCGUUGACGGGACGAUCACGUUCCUGGGCCAACUGAUUCAGCUGGCGACGCUGUAUGAUAACACCGGACAGCAUCCGCGGAUCAGGGACUACGCGAGGCUGAUUCAUGCUGAGACUCGCGCGGAAGUCAAUGAGGCGCAUCCCAGACUGGAAUGGUGUCGUUUCUUCUCCGAGACGAUUCGGAAGGAGGAGAGUGUCAAGCCUUGGUGUCAUUCGACGCAUAUUGUGGGCUUUGAUAAGCUGAUUGAGGGGAAUGGGCUUAUGAGGCAGUGGGAGUAG